AUGACCAGUUCCAUCUAUGCUGCCCUCCACAUACUGCUCAGUAUCCUCAUCCCUAUUGCCAACAUCCUGGUCAUGGUCAUUUUGUCACAGUUAUUAAGGAAGAAACAUUGCAAGAGUUACAUCUUUAUCCUCAACCUGGCCGCCGCCGACCUGCUGGUGGGGCUCAUGUGCAUCCUGGAAGCCCUGGAUGACGUCUUUGAUGGAGACUUUGAUAGAAAUUUGUUCUUCUGCCUGCUGAGGUUAUGCUUUACUAUAACCCCCUGUAUCGGAUCCAUGCUGACCUUGCUCUUAAUCUCUCUGGACAGAUACCUGGCUGUGAGUAUGCCUCUGUACUACGUCAGAAUAAUGAAUACCAGGUGCAUCGGCAUUUCCCUUACAGUUCUGUGGGUGGUCUCCUUCGUGGUGGGGCACAUGCCGCUGAUCACUACUUCACUGCAGCAUACUAACUACACAGGGAUCUGUGGCCUCUUCUAUGCAGCAAAGAGCGACUACUUGUACAUCUUGUGCUUCGUUAUUUUCCUGCCAGCGUUGGUUACUAUAGUGUGUCUGCAUACCGCAGUGGGAAGGAUUGCUUAUUCCCACCAUAGGCAGAUCCAGAGGACCCGGGCUAUUAGCAGCCUCUCCAGCAAUCACCCAUCCAAUGCUUCCCACUUUAAGGCAGCAAGAACGGUACUCAUAGUCAUCAUCUGCUUCACUCUGUCCUGGGGUCCUUACUACAUCACUGGGAUCAUCCAGGCCACCUGCACGUCCUGCAAACUCGUGGACCUACUCAAAGACAUUUUAUUUGUCUUAGGGGAAGCAAACUCACUCCUAAACCCUAUUAUUUAUACUUUUUAUUGCAAAGAAAUAAGAAGCUAUUUGUACAAACACAUCGUCUGCAGGCGGAGGAAGGUGAAGCCUCAGGGUCUAGCGUUGGUCCAGUUUUCUAACCUCAGAGGACCAGACUUACCUGAAGAGUUCUCUGCAGUUCAUACAUCUGAUGACAGUGCCCACAAUGUGGCCAUUUUCUUCAGCGCCAGUGAUUACCAUAAAAGCUGCUGA